AUGGCUGAAGCCGAGAAUUUCGAGGAAGAUCUCUUCGCUGACCUGUACACCGAAGAUGAUAACGCCGCAAAUCCAGUAGUGGAAGUACCCGAACCUGCUUCCCAACGUUCGGCCCCUGCUCCAGAACCAAAAGCUGAAAUAACAGCUGAGCAAGAUGUUGAGCAAAAUCCACAAAACGGGGAUGGAGAUGGAGAUCAACAAAUGUAUAAUGGCGAACAAGAUAUGGAUGACGAAAUAGAUUUCAAUUUGGGAAGUGGGAAUGGGAACGGCAAUGGUUACGAUGCACCAUCCAUUAAAGAUGAAGCACAUGGAACAGGUAUCAAGGAAGAUGGGCAACAAUUCUGGAGCUGGGGUCAGGAAAGGGAUCAAAUGAGCAGAGAUGGGCGAAUUGAAUGGGAGCUUCUGGGGGUUCAAGUUACUAUAUUAAGGGGUCUUGAGAGCAUGAUCCAUCCUGCUUUGGCAUUGGACAUGCACUUUAGAUUGGGUUCGCAACUGCGGGAGGGUAGAGAGGAAAAUGGCGUUGGAACAAGCUCAGAGUCAUUUGCUCCGACGCCAGUACCUAGCAUCACGAUAGCAAAAGACACGAUUGUUUUUGGAUAUCUUAUGGUGCCAUCUGUUCUAUCGUUAUUGCAUGAUUCGCAGGCAAUUGCUGAGAUGGUUUUGCUCGGGGGUAAAAUGUUCAUUGGUGGAUUGAAUUGGGAGACUACAGAUCAAUCAUUGAAGGAGUACUUUUCACAAUAUGGUGAAGUACUUGAAUGCACCGUUAUGAGAGAUGGUGCAUCCGGUCGAUCGCGAGGAUUCGGAUUCCUGACAUUCAAAGAUGCCCGGACUGUAAAUAUUGUCAUGGUUAAGGAACAUUACCUUGACGGCAAAAUCGUAAGACCCGAUCUCAAAACUUUUAAUAAUUCUAUACGCUCUUAUCCCUCCAAAUUCCAUUCUUUAGUUUCAAAAAACACUAGCUCACAGUCAACUUUCAAGAUCGAUCCCAAACGAGCUAUUCCGAGAGAUGAGCAAGAACGUACAAGCAAGAUCUUCGUUGGUGGCGUCAGUCAAGAUGCUACCGAACAGGAUUUCAAAGAGUAUUUCAUGCAAUUUGGACGAGUCGUCGAUGCCACUCUGAUGAUGGACAAAGACACUGGUAGACCACGAGGAUUUGGAUUCGUCACAUUCGAUAGUGAAGCCGCUGUUGAAGCAUGCCUAGAGUCUCCACUCGAAAUUCAUGGAAAACCAAUCGAGGUCAAGAAAGCCCAGCCUCGGGGCAACAUACGAGAAGAAGAAGAAGUCAGAGGGGGUCCACGAGGUAGUCGAUUUAAGAAAGGAGGAAACUUCAACGACGAGUCACAAAAUCCUAAUCAACAGCAACAAGGCGGUCAAAUGAAUGCUCCCGGUGGCAUGACUCCUCAAUUAAUGGCCCAAUACUGGCAGCGCAUGCAACAGUAUUUCGCAUUAAUGCAACAACAAAUGGCCAUGGGUGGAGGUCGAGGACAAAUGCCCGGCGGAAUGCCCGGUGGUAUGAACCCUGCUAUGAUGGCUCAAAUGGCUCAGAUGCAGCAAAUGCAACAAAUGCAGCAGCAAAUGCAAGGUGGAGGCGGGGCCGGCGCACGCAGUCAAAGCCCUCAAAGCCCAUCGGUUGGAAUGGCAGCAAUGGCAGGCAUGAAUCCAGCUAUGAUGCAACAAAUGCAGCAGAUGCAACAAAUGCAAAUGCAACAAGCAAUGGGUGGACAAGGAAAUAACUAUGUAGCUGGAGGUAAUACUAACCCUGGUGGUGGAAUGGGUACGCCCGGUUACAAUGCAUAUGAGCAGGGGAUGUUCGAGCAACAGAAAUAUGAACAACAACAGAUGAGACGUGCUCAACGCGAACAAUCGCAAUACAGCGGCGGUGGUGGUGGUGGUGGAUAUGGAAUGGGUGCGGGUGGACCGACUUCUUGGGAGGGCAUGUAUGAUGAUGUUCCUCAGCCCGGUACAGGCAGCAGUGGUGGUGGCGGACGAGGUGGAUUUGGUGGUGGUAGAGGGGGUCGUGGGGGUGGAGGUGGAGGAAGUGACAGAGGAUCUGCUCCACCAGCGAUUGCAGCGAAUGCGCCUGCGGGUGCUCCAACGGGUCCAAAGAAUGCGGGGAAACCUGGUGCGAAUUAUAGGGGAGGUGGAAGAGGUGGCAGCAGAGGCUUCCAUCCUUAUGCUAGGGGAUGA